AUGGCCGGCGCCUCCUGGAAAGGGGCAGAUGGAGUACACGGCGAGACAGACUGUAGUUCCAGCACUACGCCUACUCCUUUGUUGUCCAGCGGCCAAGAGAGGAAAAGCUCCCAGCAGACUUCUACAACAACUCUCGUCCCUCGCACACGGAGAGGCCUAGACGUAUUCACCGAUGGGCAUAUGCGAUGUCCUUGCACUGGCGUGUCUACGCUAUUGCCCUGUGGC